UUUCUCAGCCCCAUACAGCAUAAACAUUAGCAGCAAUAGCCCAUUCCUGUUUGUCCAAAGGUAUCCUCUCCCCCAACAAUUCAUAAACCCCAAGCACAGCAAUGGCCAAAGGCGGCAAGCUAACCAAGCUCAAAUCAGUCCUCAAGAAACUCAACUCAUUCAAUAAGCAAAGUCGCCCCAGUGGGAGAUCAAUAGCCGCCACCGUAGAUGACUCUUCCUCUCCCUCCUACUCCGGCGACCUCCACCCUGUUUACGUUGGGAAAUCUCGCAGACGCUACUUCAUAAGCUCGGACGUAAUCGAUCACCCGGUGUUUCGUGAGCUUGCAGAGAGGUCUAGUGAGUCUGAUACAAUCAGCAUUGCUUGUGAGGUGGUUUUGUUCGAGCACUUGCUAUGGAUGUUGGAGAACGCUGAUCCACAGCCAGAGUCUCUAGAUGAGCUGGUUGAGUUCUACGCUUGCUGAUGAUGAUUAUUAUUAAAUUUUCAAUGCCAUCGACGUCGUCUGCUAGAUGAUAACUGGAGAUGGAAUAACUCUGCCUCCCCAUUGUUAAAUUCUUGAAGUUGAAAGUCAUCUCAUCAAUUACUUACUGGUAAAUAGAAAUAAUAUAUAUAGAUAUAAAUAUGAUUAGGGAGUUGUAAAUUUGAUUUAAUAAAAAUCUUGAUUAGAGCUGUAGAAAGAAAAAAAAAAAAAAAAAGCAAGAUUUCAGACAGAUGGUUCACUGUCUGCGAUGAAGAUUUUAAAUUUAUUUUGAAGGAGGGAGGAGGAGCUGGUGAGGAUUAUAUAUUAUAUUUGUCUCUGUACUUGAAUUGUUCUUUUCUUCAAUCUUUUUCAAAUGUAGAAUGGUCUAAUGGUUCCUCUCGUA